GUCUAGUAUUUCACAUUCUCGAUCCACAACCAAGUAUUAUUGUCCACUGUGACAUCACUAUCACUUCUAUUCCUUUCGUCCUGGCCUUAUAAUGGCUACAGAACAGAGAAGAGGAUUUGCAGCAGUUUUCUUUGCUUUGUCCUUGAUCGUUCACGCAGAUGGCGCGCUCAUCUCAGCAAGUCCCGCCAUGGCGUCGAAUUCGAAGGCUGCACAAAGCUGCAACAACCUUGGAAUUCAGCUUUAUCUGAUCCUCUCGAGUGGAGACAAUAACAAUGUCGUAUUUUCUCCAAUUGGUCUGGCAAUGGCGAUAGAAACGACCAAGCUAGGAGUUAAAGUUCGAAGAAAGACUUUGGAAGAGUUGAAUGAAUUACUGGAGCUGAAUUCAAGGGCACUGUUUAAAGACAUGAAGAAACUACAUGAACAGAUUAUAGACAAGCGAAAAGAUGGUGUCCAUGUGAAAUUUGAAAACACCCUGUUGGGGAAGGACGAUUUUAAAAUGCGUGUUGAAAGUACCAAUUAUAAGCUGCAAGGAAAUGAGGUUAUGAGAGAUUUCAGGAAUGGAGAUACGAGGAGGAAUUUGGUCAACAAGGCGGUGUUCAAGGCGCACUGGGAGAUCCCGUUUAGUGUUUUCAAGCGUUCAUCUUUCUUCAUUCCAAGGCAAAAAGGCAUUUCAGAUAAGGAAGUUCAGGUUGACUUUAUGGGGUUAAUGUCUGACGAAAACCAACUAAAUUAUUUCAAUGAUGGAAAAUACAGGUGUCAGGUUAUCGAACUUAACUAUGGGAAAGACUUCGUAGGAGAUUCAUGGGAUCCUCGUUAUACUCCCGCUGACGUUUCCAUGGUGAUUGUUUUGCCCUACGAAGAUCAGUCUUUGAGGACAUUGGAGGAGAGGCUGUGGCCUGGUACUAUUGAGCGAUGGGUCUCCAAACUCGAGUUAACAAAUAUCGAUGUCAGCAUCCCAAAGUUCAAUAUUUCUAUCCUGCUUGAUGCUGGUGUGUCUUUGAAAGAGUUAGGUGUUCACAGCAUCUUUACGAAGCGGAAUUCCGACCUCUCUGCGAAUCCUGGGCGGGAAAAAGGCAAGCUACGAUCUAUAUGGCAGGAACUGUCCGUUGCUGCCAGCGAAACAGGAACCGAGAAUCCCCGAGUGCCUUCCGAGGAUUUAUCGAUUAUGUUGAUUGCAAAUCCUAAGAAAACCAUGAAGGCGGAUCGCCCUUUUCUUUUCUUCAUUCGAGACAAGACGACAAAUGCGAUGCUGUUUAUGGGACGUGUGAUGAACCCUAAUCAAAGUUAACUAAGAUAUCUCAUAUGUUUUACUGGUUAUGUCUCAGUCCUAUCUUAAGCCCGUGGGGGAGGUCGAACAAAAGUGACCGUUCAUCGUAUAUCGAGAAGGGGGAGUGGUGGAUUCGCUUGGUCCCCCCACACCCACCCCCCUGGUCUGUUGCACAAAAAUUGGCCAUAGUUUUCUAUUAUGUUUAUUUUAAAAGCGCUGUGUGACUUGGAAUUCUUUUGUGUACCCAUGUACGAUCCCCCUCCAACCACCCUUCGAUCCCCCUCCGAUCCCCCUCCGACCC